AUGGAUCCCAAGAGCGAGCUCUUCAGCUCACAACGACGCUCGCCGCCGGCCGAGAGUAGCAGCUCCGCCAACAGCGAGGCUGGCGAUCCGCCCGAGCGCGAUCCUGACGCUGCGCACAGCCAGCCGAGUCCAUUGAGCGUACCGCUCGAGUCACCCCUGCUCGAACUAGAUGCUAUGCGCUCGAUGGAUAUCACUCCUCUCGCGUCUGACAAAGCCGAGCCAGCAGACCCUCUGGACGAGCAAGCGCGCGCAGAGAUGGCUCCGUUGCCUAUCUGCUCCUUCCUCGAAGCCUACGCUGAUCCUGCAUUCAUCUUGGACGUCAAGACGCUUGCCGAGAACCUGACGGAGAGGCUCGUCGUCAAACGACAGUUCGAUCCCGAGGAAGCAGGUCAUGUCAACAAGAAACUCACCUUUCACGGUGAGGCGGCCGCACGCGACAAAGCCCUCGUCGACUAUCAGCGCUUCCUCUCGGACGCACAGCGAAGACGCGAGUCUGUCACUCUCACGCCUUCGCCAGGCCACGUGCCAGAGGGCAGCUCGACCUCGAACGGUACCACCUUUCCCGGCAUGUCAGUCGAUUCAGAUCAGCAGCAGAUCAAGCAAAGACGAGACGCGUUUGCUCAAUCGCGCACAAGAUCGGACAACAGCGACUCGACUACUGUUGGCUCAAAUGUGGCCCCUAAGACAGACAGUUCGGACAGCAUGAUCGCGCAGCAGAGCUUCUCUACAACGCCACAGUCGCACGAGCGCAGCUGGCAAGACCAAUCCGUCUUUCUGGCCAUGCGGCAGAAGGAGGCUCAAGCUGAUCGCAUCCUGUCCGAGGCCUUUAUGCCGAGCAGCGAAGAAGCUCAGACAGACUCAUCAGCUCCUUCUAUGCUGGCAACCGAAUCUGCCACGCUCCGGUCCGAUGCUGUUGCAGGGCAUUAUCCAUUCAUAACGGGCGCGGCAGCCGAUCGUGGCUGGACUGCACCACUUCAUCAGGUGCUGCGGCCACUCUGGGCGAAUUCUGCAUGGGACAAGCUACUGCAGACGAUGGGAGUCGACAACAGACCCGAUAGCACCGAGGGUCUGCUCGAUCUGCUCAGCCUCUCGGAUGGCCAGAAGCUCACAGACUAUCUGGGCGCGCUCGUCCGGUAUCAUACCGACCUCACGCAUGGUGCACGCAGCGAUCUGCCUAGGCUGGGCAGUAUCCGAUUGCUCUUGACCCCGCAUCGCUCCGUCGUUUCUUCCUACCUGAGUAGCGACGAGGGAACGGACGAGGAAGACUCACUUCCGGAGGACAGGCGACGCAAAUCACCUUCGCCUGCGCCUGGCUCGCGCGAGACAGCUCGUCAUCUGGCGCUUGCCCGUGUGCGCGUCGAGCUCGACCUCACCGCAACGAUCUAUGUCGACGAGGCAAACACUGCAAAGAGUUUGGCGAUCCCACAUGUCGUCGUAACGACUACUGUCCAUAACAUGCCCGUUCGCUUGCUUCGUGCUGCUCGACCGCCACUGCGUACUCAGACCUCGACUGAUCAACUUUCUACGGAUUCGUGGAGCAGCAACAGUACCGAGGAAAAUCUGCCGAGCGAUCCGACGGCCGUCGAUCAAUCGACCGUACCUGCAGGAUUCGUCGUCGAAAGCUUGAGCAACCGGUCAUCCAGGCGAAGUGGUCGACGCAACAGUAAUGAUCAGAAUUCGCUGACAGAUGAAGAUAUAGAAGAAAGCUUGCUCAGCGGCGAGAUGCCAGGCACAGACUUCAUGGAUAUCGGAGCGCUUAAACGGCACGCCCGAGAGGUCAAAUACUCGGACGCGCGCUCAAAGCCAGAAGCUUUGUUGAUGGCUGUUACACACGCCGAUAUGACUCGCUACAUCAGCACGACUGAGCUCCGGCUCGAUCCGUUCUGCACGUAUCUCGCCACGAUCGGGAUGGGCCGUCUCAUCCUAGCCUAUCCUUGGCACGAGACUUCGCUCGGCCCGCUGUUGUCUUGGGCGCCCGAGCUCAAGGUGCUCGUCACCAUGCUCCUGGCUAGUCCCUUCAGAGAGGCACUCUGGGUAGGGUCAGAGGGCGUGAUGAUAUACAAUGAUGCCUACGUCAAGACCGCGGGAAGGAAGCAUCCUACGCUUCUUGGUCAGGCGGGUGCAAAGGGAUGGGAGGAAAUUUGGGAGACGAUUGAACCUUCCGUACGACGUGUGAAGGCUGGCGAGACAGUGGCUGCAUACGACAACUUGCUUUUCAUGAAUCGAUCGCCAGACGAUCCGCUCGGCAUCAGAAGAGAAGAGACAUAUCAUAUCUGGGCGCUGAUUCCAGCUUUAGGACCGAACGGCAAUUACAUUGCGGCUCACAAUCCAUCCUUCGAGACGACAUCGCGUGUGAUUGCAGAGCGUCGCCUGGGCACGUUGCGAAAUUUCGUCACAAAGACGUCUCAGGCACGCAGCGUGUCCGAGUUUUUCGAUGCGACCUUGUCGAGCCUGAGUCAAAACCCUUACGACGUGCCUUUUCUGGUAUGCUACACUUGCAAUCUCGACGUGACGACGAAGAAGAAGCAAAGACACGCUACUGGUCUGAUGCCAGAUCAGCCAGAAGAGAAAUCGUCCGUACUCCUGCUUGGCUUGCAAGGCACUCUAGGCGUACCAGAGGGACACGCAGCCUGUCCAAAAGAGCUAUCGUUUCCCUGGGAUGGGCAGGAUAGUUCUGAUCAAGGAUCAAUGUCUGAGACUGAUUCGUCCACGGCCUCGAGCGCCACAGCAAAGCAGAGCUACACUGCCGACGAUAAGUCAUAUUGGCCCCUUCAUGAGGCUUGCAUCACCGGCAAACCAAUCUUCAUGCCCAAUUUAGGCACGCGCAAUGAUGAUUUCGAGAUCAGGGGCUGGGACGAAAAAGCGCGCGCUGCCGUCGUGAUCCCUAUUCAGACGGACAGUCGCUCAGCCCCGCACGCUGUGUUUGUUCUUGGCCUCAACCCCAGGCGACCGUUCGAUGAAGCCUACGCCAACUGGCUACAGCUAAUGUCGAAGCAAAUUGCGACUCAAGUCGUUAUUGUCAAGGGCUACGAAGUGGAGAUGGUCAAAGCUCAGGAAUUGGCGAUGCUCGACCGCGCCAAGACAGCGUUUUUCAGCAAUGUCAACCACGAGCUUCGCACGCCUCUGACCUUGAUUCUCGGACCCCUCGAUGAUAUCCUGGGGGACAAAGCAGAGGAGCUGGCGCCGACCGUUAGAGACCGCCUUCGACUAGUUUCUCGCAACGCACACCGCCUUCUCACUCUUGUCAAUAGCUUGCUUGACUUUUCACGCCUCGAAGCAGGCAAAAUGCAAAUGGCUGCACGCAAGGUCGACUUUGCGGCGAUGACAGCCGACCUGGCCUCGCUGUUCAGAAGCGCGAUCGAGAGAGGCCACGUCCAAUACCUGGUGCAGAUCCCCGAGCGCGAAGUCGAGGUGUAUCUGGAUCCAGAGCUUUAUGAGAAGGUGGUGUUCAAUCUCGUCGGGAACGCCUUCAAAUACUGUCUCUCGGGCACAAUAACAGUCACAGUCAGAGCUACGAAGCAGGCGGCGUUGCUCAUGGUCACCGACACUGGCGUUGGCAUUGCCGAAAGUGAGCUCAAGCAUAUCUUUGAUCGCUUCCAUAGGGUCGAGUCGACCAGUAGAACGCAAGAGGGCACUGGUAUUGGCCUCGCGCUUACCAUGGAGAUUGUGCAACUCAUGGGCGGCACGAUCGAGGCUACCAGUGUGUUGCACAAAGGCUCAACCUUCACGGUCAGUAUACCUUUGGGCACAGCUCAUAUUCCAGCGGGUCAUAUUGCAAUGGAAGAAGAGGAGCCUACAACGUUGGGCGUCAAAAGAAUGCCAAAGGACACCGCCAUAGUUGACGAGGCAGGACGUUGGGCAAGCUUCGGGGCCAACACGGUGCUCGUCAGUCCAGCCGCAAGCAACAACUCGGAUCAAUUGCAAUCAGAGGGUACCGGCUCUGGCUCUGGCUCCGGAUCCGAUGGCUUCAAUGGCCCCGUUACGGAUGACGUGCUGUCCAUCAAUAAUUCAGUGAUCGUACUUGCAGACGACAAUCCCGACAUGCGCAAGUAUUGCCUUAGUAUCCUUGGCAAAAAGUUCAAAGUGGUCGAAUGCGGCGAUGGACAAUCCGCUCUGGACUAUGCUCGGCGGUAUCCUCCUGACAUGGUCAUCUCGGACAUUAUGAUGCCUCGGCUGGGCGGUUAUGGCCUACUGAAGAGCUUACGAGACGAUCCUGUCACGUCGCUUGUGCCUGUGAUCCUACUGAGCGCUCGCGCUGGUACGGAGGCGCGUGUCGAUGGCCUGCUAGCCGGUGCUGACGAUUAUCUGGCGAAGCCGUUUUCAAGCAAGGAGCUCCUGGCUCGUGUCAAUACGCAUCUUCAACUCGGUAAGAUGCGUCGUGAGCUCGAGAAACGCGUGCAAGAGCGCACGCGUGCGCUAGUUGAAAGUGAGAUUCGCUACCGUAAUCUGGCAGAGGAAUACUCGGCUGUGACGAACAUGUCGCCGGUCGGUAUUUACUCAAUGACAGCGACUGGCUCAGUGAUCUUCACCAACAAGACCUGGUACGAUAUUUCGGGCCACCCGCCGGAUCGACACUUGGACGAAUGGCCGCUAAGCAUUCAUCCCGAGGAUCGUCCGGAAUUGCUCGCUGCUUGGGCAGAAGCCGUUGCGAAUCAAGUGCCGUGCAUGCGCGAAUUCAGAUGGCUGCACGGCGGGCAUACGCUGUGUGAUGUCCGUCCGCAGUUUGAUCGAUCAGGCGUGCUGACCAGCUGGGUCGGCUCAUUGACCAACAUCGAGGAGCGACGAAGGCUAGAGAUAUUACACCUGCGCGCCGUUGAGCAACGAGCCGAGGACGCAGAGGAGAUGCGACGGCAACAAGAGCUCUUCAUUGAUAUCACCAGCCACGAAAUGCGCAACCUGGGCUCUGGUAUCUAUCAAAACGCUGAGCUUAUUGGUGGCAGCCUCGAACGGCUCUCACAGAUUAUUACAGGCGUACGACAAGGCCUUACCUUUGAGGCUGCUCAAAUGGAUCACUGCACUUCGGAGAUUGAGCAGAACGCCGAUGCCGUCGACAGUAUCAUCCUUUGUGUUUCGCAUCAAGGCCGUAUCGCAGACGACAUUCUCAACUACUCUAAGCUUUCGAUGGGUCUGCUCAGCAUCUCGAAGAUAGACUUCCCCCUCGUCUCGAGGCUACGCAAUGUCCUCAAGAUGUUCGAAAUCGAGAGCUCACAAAAGCAGAUCGAGUUGUCACUCUCUGUCGGCCCUGGAAUAAACGAGCUAGGCGUCGAAUGGGUCUCUGCGGAUCCUAAUCGGCUGGCGCAAGUCUUGAUCAAUUUCUUGACCAAUGCGAUGCGAUUCACAGCCGAAUCUGCGACUCGCCGCAUCGUUAUGAAGCUAGAUGCCUCUGCCAGUAUGCCAUUGAAGUCGCCAACGGCCAUGCGCGUCGCCGAGCCUGCAAAAACAGAUUUGCCGCCAGACGCCGUAUGGCUGACGGUCGGAAUCUCUGAUACCGGGCGAGGACUGACUGCGUCAGAACGACUGAAGCUGUUCGAACGCUUCGCUCAAGCAAAUCCCAAAAAGGAUGGCGUUGCCGGCUUCGGCCUGGGACUCUUCGUCUCUCGCAAGAUUGUCGAAUUCCACGAUGGCUUUAUCGAGCUGGAGUCAGAGCGGGGAACUGGCAGCACAUUCAGUUUGUCAAUUCCUGCUCGGCGGGUGGCGCCGGUCGAGGAUGCGGAGGGCUCGACGCAGAUUGCCUCGCGCGUUGUAGGACGAUCGAUCAGAACGAUACCUGCAGUGAGACGGCCAACGCUACCGACUUCGCCAACAAAGGCGCUCUCGCCAUCACCGCCGGUGGCAGUGGACGAGAGCACCGGUCUGCACGUACUCAUCGUAGAGGAUAAUCCAAUCAAUGUGCGCGUUCUCCAGCGACAGCUAACGAACAACGGCUAUGCGACCAGUACGGCCGAGAACGGACAAAUAGCAAUUGACUUCUUGCUGAAGACGCACGCCAAUCCGAAUUUGCGACCUAUUGAUGCCGUGCUCAUGGACAUUGAGAUGCCCGUCAAGGAUGGCUUGACGGCUAUCAAGGAGAUCCGGGAGCUCGAAGCGAAGGGACUGCUGCGGCCACCGCCAGUCAUUGCUGUGACUGGCAAUGCUCGGCAGGCUCAAGUCAGCGCUUGUAGGCAGGCAGGCUUCAGACAUGGCAUCGCAAUCAAGCCAUACCGUAUUAAGGAGCUCCUGACGCUUAUAGAGAUCGCUCGUGCAUCGCCGGACGAAGCGCUCGAUCCGGCAGCCGACGCGGCUAUGAGCACACAGUGA